AUGCUCAAUCUCCUCAUACUACUCGUGCUUCUCGGCGUGGCAUCAGCAUCACCGCGGCUUGUGCGUCGAGUCGUUGUGGCUCGAAACCACCCGCCGACACAAUCCUCGACGGGCUUCCGCCUCAUUGCCAACGUCACCGACCCGUCACAAGACUUUGACCCGCCCGUGCAUGGCUGGGUCCUAGACGCCAUCCACAUAGGCGCAGGCCUCAACGACGCGGUCCUGUUUGCCGACGGGGACGACGUUGGGCGGGUAUACUACGUCAACGGAACGGCCGACGAGAUUGCCGGCGGGCAGGCCGACACCCUGACCGACGGGGGCACCCCGCUGUUUCCUUAUGGCGUGUACGUGGCGGACCGCAACACCACCGACGCCGACGGCCUGCACGACGUCAGCGUCAAUGCCGGCUCGGGCCAAGUCGGCGUGCAGCUCGAGGUUUCUUCGUCGUCGUCCACGUCGUCGUCCUUGCUGUACCCGGUGCUCCGGGGCCCUGGUGCCGCGGCGGGGACCUAUGUCGCGUGUAAUCAGUACGUCUCGUACUAUGGCGAGAAUUACACGACGAUACGCUGGGUCUAUGACGAGGUGGAUAGCAGUGCCACGGCUGUUGUCACCAAUAGUAGUAGCAACAGUAGCAACAACAGCAGCAGCGUGAGUAGUAGUAAUGCUACCCUGGCUGCUGCUCCUGCUGUUGCUGGGGUGCGUACCAUUCCCAAUGGCUGUGUUGCUCUCACUCUGCUCCCCGAGUGCAACGUUCUGGAUGAGCUUCCCAACGGGAGUCUCGCGAGCCACGAGUUUGCAGCCAACUCGACAUGUUAUGCCAAUGUCUCGGCAAUUGACUGGACGCUGUACGGGCCGUGA